AAGGGGAGGAUGUGUUUCUCGGCCGACGCGCUGCACUUCGGUGCGGUCUAAGUGAAUAGUGGUAUAGGAAAUGGAAAUUGCAAUUGUGACGAGGAGCCAUGUAAUGUGAAAAAAUGGCAGUAUCAGAGGGGUUCAUAAGCCAACUCCGCCAAGUUUUCGAGGUGUGUGAUGUGGAGAACAGAGGGACAAUCAGCAUUACUCAUCUUUUGAAGCUCGCUGGCGAACACUUCGGGUCCUCGCAAAACAGUGUGACCGCGGCGGUAUCCAGCCUUGGGGUCAGCGGCGAUGCGAUCACCUUCCCUCAGUUCUGCGAGGUCGUCGCCACGAUCCUCACCCAUGGCGUGGGCGAGGGGGCGUGUGCUGCGGGAGACGAAGACCAGGUGGACGGCAGCAUCAUUACGAGGCACAGAGUGGUCGAGGGAACCCGCGAUUUCAACUGUCUCGGCGAAGACUCCCUCUGCUCUGCCUCCGGAGGCCGAGUGAGGAUGCCAGGCGACGACCGCGGGUCUCCCUCAUCGCUCACUGACCUGGACUCAGCGAUCGGAGGCUCCGCCGCCUCGCCGGACUCCACUAGGAAGUCGAACAGUGGCUGCUCAAGCAUGAGUGACCGGGAAGAAGAAAACUUUGAGUGUUAUGGCGAGGCCGAUGACAUUGAGUGUGAUUCUGACUCGGCUAGGAUGGGAGAUGACCUAGAUGGCAGUAUCAGAAGUCCUCCUCAUUCUCUACCACCUAGUAACUUUAGUCGCAGGAAUUCCUGGGUUAGAAGGUCAUUAAGAGGCUCUCCGUCCAGCGCACAGGAGAAAAUCGUCCCUCCCCGACGGUGGGGUUCCUUCAGACACGCCCCUAAGCGGGUAGGAGGCACCGCGGUGGCGUCGCAGCUGUACCGCACGUCUUCCUUCUCCUCGGGCCGCUCCUCCGCCGCCGAUCAGGAAGAUAUGUACUCUGACGCUUCCCUCGAGGACGACGUGCUCGACCUCAACCACAAGGUACAAAUGUUGCAGCAACAAGUAGGAGUUUUGGCUGAGAACCAGGUGAACUCGGAUGACAGGUUCUCUCGUGUCAAGCAGGACAAUGCUGCGUACCAAGCGAGAGUGGUGAUGUUAGAAGAGCAGCUCCGGGAGGCAGAGAUGCGACAUGAGGAACGGCUGGCAGAGGAACAGCGGAGGAACCGGGAGCUUGUAACACGCAUAGAACGAGAAAAGCAGCUUACUAUAGAAAAUUACACCAUCAAGUUAGCUAGUGUAGAAAAAGAAAAGAAAUCUGUAGAUGAUGAUUACAGACGUUCAAAAAGUCAGUUAGAUAAGUUACAAAAAGAGAAAGAGGCUUUAGAAGAUCGUGUAUCAGAAGCAGAGUUUUCUGCAUCUGCACUCCAUCAAGAAAAUGGAAAAUUGGCGGAGCUCUCAAGGAGAGAAAAGGAAGAAAUUAAAGUUGAGAGAGAGAGAAGUGCUCAGGUAAUAGAAGAAUUACGUUGUGAAAUAGAACGCCUACGGACAGCUGAGGAAACUGCCAGGAAACGGUCACCCAGCGUUGACCCUCAGACUGCCCAGACUGCAGAGUUGCAAGCUACUAUCAGGCAACUCAGAGAAGAGAACAAGAAUCUUGUUGAGCAGGUGGAAGAUCUUCAAGCUCAGCUAUUAACCUCCCGAUUAGAAGAGGGACGCACGCUAGUCACAGCUACAAACAAUAACUCAUUGGCUGCUGAGUUUGAAGCCAUGACUAGUGAAGAGGGUGCACUCUAUGGCAGUGACACAGUCGAGAAGCUCAAGAAAUCUCUGAAGGAUGCGCAGGAAGCCAACCAGCAUCUCCGAUCAUACAUCGAGGGAUCCUCCUUAACAUUGUAGAAAACUACCCCCAGCUUCUUGAAGUCAAG